ACUGAGCAUAUAACCCAGGCAAGUGAGGUAGCUUUAUCUCCUUUGAGGGUCUGGCCUUGCAAAUAAGGUCCUGAACUGUUGACACUGAUCUGAAGCUGAUUUGGAAGUUGACCUGUGGGGUUCUACCUGUGCUGCUGCUGAAUUGUCUCUCUGUGAAUGUUUCACCAGUAAAAGUUUUGCUCUUCCUGCUCCCUGUUGACUGAGAGGGUCUGAACUGCAACCAGAACCAGGGGCAAAAAAAGGUUUCCACAGGUACUUAGGGUAGCAAAUAAUCCCAAGGCUCAUUACUGCACAUAAAUCCCUGAGCCUUCUGGGUUUCCUUCUCUGGAGCCACUGCAGAAAUGGACACAUCAAUACAGCCUUCUGCAGAAAAGCUGACAAUCUCAAAAUGGGCUCGUGCUGCAAUAACCGAAAUCUCCUGCCAGCUCCUAGGAAGCAGCUGCUGUGUGAACUGUUGACAUCCCAGCUCAAAGGGACUGCAGACCAAACAGAAAGUCUUGUUCUGGGGAAGUUCCUGAGCCCAGGUGCCUGUAGGAUUACUUUGGAAAGAAUGACACGCACCUCUGAUAACUCGUCCUGUGCUGAGUCCUGCCAGGUCCAGGCUGUGCCUGGAUCCUGAAUGAUUACUGCAUUUCCUGGUGCUUUGAGGAGGAGAAAACCAAGAGGAGAGGUGCAAAUAAACCUGUUUUCCUCUGAGAAUAACUGCAGGGACAGACAACACGGAUGUCCCUGUGCUGAGAAGGAAGAGAAACCAAAGUUGGGUGUGAUUCCCUUCUCCAUUUCAGAUAAGUGGGUGUGGAACUCCUGUGUCUGUGCUGAUGAAGAUAUUCCUGCAAGGGACUAGUAGUUAAGAGCCAUCUGCUCUAUUUGUGCAGCACCAGGGACAUCUCAGAUCUACAGAUAAGUUUGUUUGGUAGAAAAGAGCCCUUUUCUACAAAAAAAAAUUAAACAACAACAACAAAAAAAUCAAACAAGCAAACAAAACCAACCAACAAAAAGAGCUAUGGCAUCCCGUUGCUGGAAAGUGAGACUAGGUGACUUCAGGCUAGAAAUCAACACAGCAAAGUUAAUUAACUGGAGGAGCUGAAGGAACCAGGAGGUAAAGCAGGCUGCACAACCUUCCUGCUGCUUCUCUGAGCCCUGAAACCACAGCAGAACCUUUCAUCUGAAGAGGCAUCCCCAGGAGCUGGUGCCCAGGAAAAGGGCAGGAUGCUGGCCCCCAGCUCUGCCAUGCCAGAGCAGGGCUGGCAAACCUCAGGAGCCGCAGGAAGCCCCCAGAACCUGAGGAAAUUCAAGAGCCAGGACUUCAGAGAGCUGAGAGCCUCGUGCCUGAGCCAAGGGCUGCUCUUUGAGGAUUCCACCUUCCCUGCCCACGUCAGCUCCAUCGGUCCCAGCCUGCUCCCACAGGAGAAGCUCUGGCGGAUCCAAUGGAAGAGGCCCACGGAACUUCAGAGAAAUCCUCAUUUGAUCACCGAUGGAGUUAGCAGAUUUGACAUCAUGCAAGGAGAAAUAGGUGACUGCUGGAUGCUGGCUGCCCUGGGCUCCCUGACGCUGCGAAAACAAUUUUUGGAAAAUGUUUUGCCCAAGGACCAAGGAUUCCAGGAGGAUUAUGCUGGCAUUUUCCAUUUCCGGUUCUGGCAGUAUGGAGAAUGGGUGGAUGUAGUGAUAGAUGACCGGCUGCCAUUCCUAAAUGGAAGAUACCUGUCUGUCCACCCCCGAACUUCAAAUGAAUUCUGGCCAUCCUUGCUGGAAAAAGCAUAUGCCAAGCUGCAGGGCUCCUACCAGAACCUGAAUGGAGGCUACCUCUCAGAUGCUUUAGUUGACCUCACAGGUGGAGUCCAGGUGCAGUUCUCAUUGAAGGAGCCACCUCCUGAUCUGGAGGAGAUCCUGAGAGCGGCUGACAGGUCUCGGUGUCUCAUGGGCUGCAGCACCUCGGGCCAGUCAAGCAGGAACAUAGAGCUGAGGAAUGGGAUUGUGCAGGGCCAUGCCUACACCGUCACAGGAGCUGUGAAGGUCCCCUACAAGAAUGGCUGGAAACAUAUCAUCAGGAUCUGGAAUCCAUGGGGCCAUGGGGAGUGGAAGGGGCCCUGGAGUGAUAACUCUCCUCAGUGGGACCGUGUUGAGCCUAAAUACAGAGAAGCCCUCCUCAGAAAUAAGGAUGAUGGAGAAUUCUGGAUGUGCUGUAAGGAUUUCCAGGAGCAGUUUUCAUGGCUGUACAUAUGUAACAACACCCCAACAUUCCUGGACUUUGGAGAUGAGCACGGCACAGCAGCGUGGUCUCUGACCAGCUACACCAACCUGUGGAGCCCGGGCCUUCCCUCCAGGAGGAGCCGCUAUUCCCGGGCAGGUGCACCUUCUACAAACCCUCAGUAUUUUUUCAAAGUGCUAGAUCACAACCCAAAAACCCGUAAUGUAGCCAUUUCACUCAUGCAAAAACCCGCUGAGCAUAUGCAGGAUGAAAGAAACAUGGGGAUUGGCUUUUUCAUCACCACGGAGAACUCCAGAGUUCUGGAGCAAACCUUUCUCCAGGCUCGAGAUGUGACCAGCUGCCUGACCCUGAGCCCAGGAACCUAUGCCGUGGUUCCUGCUGCAGCAGAGGAUCAGGAAUUCCAAUUUCUCCUAAGGAUUUUCAUAAAGAAUCAGGACUACCAUGAGAACUCAAGCUCCCUGACCAGCCCAGGGCUGCCAAUGGAUGUACCAAGACAGAACCAGGAUAGCUCCUAUAAAGCUCUUUUCCUAAGACACGCUAAGCAGGGUUCAACUAUCGAUGCCUCACAGCUGCAACAACUCCUUAAUGAAGUGAUCUCCCAAGAUGAAAUGACCAGCCUGGGAGGGAGAUUCAGCUUUGAUUCAUGCAGAGGCAUUUUAGCUCUGAUGGAUCUCAACUCGAACGGGAGGCUCAGCCUGCAGGAGUUCGGGAGCCUCUGGAGGAGUCUCACUAAGUACAGGGAGAUCUUCUUCAGGGAAGACAGGAACCAUUCUGGAUUUCUUGAUGUUGCUGAACUGGAGAAUGCCAUACAGGCAGCAGGUCUGUCCGUGGACGUGGUGCUGCUGCGGCUGCUGACGCUGCGCUACGGCGACAGCUCCGGCAGGGUUGGGUUCCGCGACUUCGUGUGCUGCAUGCUGCGCCUCGACACCAUGAGCCAUGCAUUCCAAAACUUAGCGGAGGGCGGAUCACAAAUUUCAAUGACAGCAAUAGAGUGGCUGACCCUUGUCAUGUACACCUAGAGAGAUGCCAGAGGUCAUGGUGACUUUUCUUCCUCCUCAGCAGAUCAGUGCCCAAGGCCAUCCCAAACAAAAGCCAUCCACAGAAUUCUUGAAAAACCACAGUGAAGGAGUGGAGCCAGGUGCCCUCCUGCUUGGUGGUAUUCCAGGCUGCUGGGGUGAAGAGUCCUUUCCAGGCAAACUGGAGGUGCUUGGAGAAGGAAGAAUUGCUAAUGGAAGUACUCCAUGGGCAGGCUGGAAGUGUUGGCUGUGAUCUCCUCUCAUCUUCCUGUAAAUAGCACAGAAGUCAGGAACAGCUCCAUUAACUCCACUAUGAAAAAUAACAGAGCCAUGCCUUUCAUGUGAAAGGAGCAUAUAAGAUGUAGGUUACAAAAACUAUUAAGAGAGAGUUUUAUUUUAAUUAUUUCUUCAUUUUCUUCCGUGCCAUUUAUAAGUGCCAGAAAAUUAUUGAAGAAAUUAGUCCUAAUUCAUAAAUAACGCCAGAAUCUUUUUAGUUUUCUUUGUACUUUUUAUUAAUAAAUUAGUGGGAAAAAA